AUCCAAACCCGACGCCGUGGGUCGGAAGAAAGUGACUUAGAAAGCCGUCAUUCCGCCACCAGACAGUCUGACCCAACUAAUCGCGUCGUUUUCGCAUCCACCAGUCCUACACUCGCAAAUAAUUCGCCCGCUAUCACCGGCCGGAGCUCAGUUCCGACGCACUUUGACCUUCACAGGGAACCCUAACUAUCGCGUGUCCAGGCAAUACCUCCGUGCCCUUUCUUCUCCGUUCAAACGCACACACUAUUGUAUUCGAAUAGUUCUUUGAGUAGAAGCGUAGAACUGUAGAAAGCGCCGAAAAGACGUCAGUCCCUAUACCUGCAUUUAUACUUGGUCAGUGAUUAGGAUGGGGGCCAUGACGUCAUCGGUGGCAGCAAAAUUUGCGUUUUUUCCGCCCAAUCCAGCUUCUUAUGAGGUAAAGAUGGAGGGGUCCAGCGCGAAAUUGACGAUGACGGAGGUGGAGGAGAGAGAGAACGUGGAUGUCUUGAAGUUGCCUACCAAGAGAGGGACGGAAGUCGUUGCACUGUACGUGAGGAACCCGGCAGCUAAGCUAACCCUGCUAUACUCUCACGGCAACGCCGCCGAUUUGGGCCAGAUGUACGGAUUGUUCUGUGAAUUAAGCCGUCAUCUCCGCGUCAAUCUGAUGGGGUAUGAUUAUUCGGGGUAUGGACAGUCCACCGGCAAGCCAAGUGAGGAGAACACUUACGCUGAUAUAGAAGCUGCAUAUAGAUGUCUUGAAGAGACGUAUGGUGCGAAAGAAGAAGACAUAAUAUUAUAUGGACAGUCUGUUGGCAGUGGACCAACUAUAGAUUUGGCAUCCCGUUCUCCCAGGUUACGGGCUAUAGUUUUGCACAGUCCAAUAAUGUCCGGACUGAGGGUAAUGUAUCAUGUGAAGAGGACAUAUUGGUUUGACAUAUAUAAGAAUGUUGACAAGAUACCUUUAGUUGAAUGCCCUGUUCUAAUUAUACAUGGAACUGCUGAUGAUGUUGUGGACUGUUCCCAUGGGAAGCAGCUUUGGGAACUUUGUAAACAGAAAUAUGAACCACUGUGGGUUAAAGGAGGUAAUCAUUGUGACUUGGAGCUCUACCCUGAAUACAUUAAACAUCUCAAGAAAUUUGUAUCGGCUAUCGAGAAAUCAUCACAUUCAAAAAGAGAUGGACCCCCAAACAUUGAAGUCAUGGAGAAUCCUCGAAACAGUAUUGAUUGUAAUGGACCUGGAGAAAGCAGUGUGCAGACCACCACAACUUCUAGGCCAAGUACAGAAAAGAGGGAGAAGCCUAAAAGAAGUAUAGACUUCAGAGAUAAAUCAAGAAAUAGUGUUGAUAGGAGAGAUAAAACACGUAAAAGUGUAGAUCAAGCUGAAAAGCCAAAUUCCAAUACAGAACCAUCAGAGAAAGCAAGGAAUAGUAUAGACCGCUUUGGUGGUAUGAUGAGAUCAGCUGUAUUAUGCAAUAUUGACUGUUUCAAACCAACAGGAGCAAAGCUCGCGGGAUAGAGGAAAAGGACCACCGACGUUACACGUUAGACUAUAAUUUUUAAUUUAUUGUACUUGUGAAUUAGUUGCCUGAUGGGUUAUGUUUCCUUUUGUGUGUUGUUAAUUUUCAUUGGCAGAUAAUGUAUUACAAAUGUAGCAUUUCUUUUAUCGAGCUCAUCUGGAUUAGAGAUACUAGUGUUUUUUCCGGUUUUAAGCCGAUCUCAAUGUAAUUGCCUAAAUUAUCUAUGUGUAUUUUUCUAUCACGGUAUUAGACUUCCAUUUGACAAACCAGUUUCAGAAAAGCA